UGUCAGUCAGUGGCGGUUGGAUGUGAAACGAAGAAAUACGAAUUUUACGAUUUUAUUUAUUUUUGCUACUUCUGUAAAUAGAAUCUUGUAAUAAUUUUAUUGUAUAUUUAUUUUCAAUAAUCGUGUUUAAACUUGUGCGAGUGUGGUGUAAACUAAAUAAGGUGAUGCCGAACAUAGUUGCACCCCGAAUGGAUCGAUAUCAGCAACAUUGAGUUUAAUUUUUAUUCACGUCACUGAAGGGGGUGGUUGAAGAUGGAGAAGUCAGCACGGCCACGAACGGCUCUGAAUGAGUGUGUUAAAGUGGUAGUGCGAUGUAGGCCUCUCUCUGAAAAAGAGAAGAACGACAAUUACGAGGAGGUGAAAAAGUCCAGCGUCGAAAAGAAGUGGUACGAGAGGUUAUCAACAAAACAGACCGCGGAGACUAAGUUUGAAGGCCCUUUGCAGGUGGUAAAGGUAUGGCCGGAGAGAGGAGCGGUCCAAGUGAACAACCCCAAGGGACAAGACAAGCUCUUCACGUACGACGCCGCUUACGACUGCACAGCUGAUACCAAAACUAUUUACGAUGAAAUGGUCAGGCCGCUGGUGGCGUCCGUCCUGGACGGUUUCAACGGCUGUGUGUUCGCCUAUGGACAGACCGGCACAGGCAAAACCCACACGAUGGAAGGAACACCUGACGACGAGGGCAUCAUACCACGCACCUUCAGGCACAUGUGGGCGCAUAUAGAGAACACGGCAAGCCCAGAUGUGACGCAUCUCGUGUCGUGCUCGUUUGUGGAACUCUACCUUGAAGAUGUAAGGGAUCUGCUCAGUAAGGAGUGCAAGAAACUCACGAUUAGGGGGCAGGAACUGAACGGCUUCUACAUCCCCGAGAUGACGUCAAUAGUGUGCAAAUCAGCCGCAGAAAUGGUUCGCGUGAUGCGCGCGGGCAACCGCAACCGCGCUGCCGGCCGCACCGACAUGAACGAGCACUCGUCGCGGAGUCACGCGGUGUUCCUGGUCACCGUGGAGACCGCGCACCGCUCUACCAACAGGAUACGAGUGGGCAAGCUGAACCUAGUGGACCUGGCAGGCAGUGAACGGCAGCGCAAAACUGGAGCGUCAGCUGAUCGGCUUCGGGAGGCGGCACGCAUCAACCAGGCGCUGUCUUCGCUGGGCAAUGUCAUCUCAGCGCUCGCUGAGAACAGCCCUCAUGUGCCUUACAGAGACUCAAAGCUGACUCGUAUCCUCCAAGACUCAUUGGGCGGCAACAGCAAGACCAUAAUGAUAGCGAACAUCGGGCCCGCCUGUUACAAUUACGAUGAGACUGUCACUACACUGCGGUACGCGCAUCGAGCUAAAGCGAUAAAGAACAAGCCAGUUCGUAACGAAGACCCCAAAGAUGCGAAACUACGGGAAUACCAAGCGGAGAUCGAGCGACUGCGAGCGCUCAUUGAACAAAGAAAAGCGGCGGAAAAACGGAAAAAACCGCCAAAACCGCGCGUCAAGAAUAUGCCCGAAUCCGAAGAAGACACAGCGAUAAUCGAAACGGAACACAUUCUAGCGGCAUCCACAAUAGAACAAGAGAAGACGCGGACAGAAGAAUUAGAACAUCAGAUAAGGUCAUUAGAAGAGAGACUAGUCCAGGGUGGGGGUGGGAAAGAUCUCCUGAACAAUCUCAAUGAGAGCCAAGUGAUCCUAGAACAGAGGCAUAUGGAAAUAGCGGAGAGAAAGAAGAGAGAGAUAGAGAUGCAGCAGAAGAUAGACUUGGAGGAAGAGACGACGGCGAUAGUUACGAACACGUUUACCACGUUACAGCAAGAGGUCGAUCAUAAGACUCAGAGGCUGGCGCGGUGCCUGCAGAAGUACGCGGCGCUGCGCGAGGAGGCGGUGGAGCAGCGCGAGGCGCACGACGCGGAGCGGCGCGAGCACGAGGCGCUGCAGGCCGCGCUGCUGGCCGCGCUGCGCCGCCGCCUGCUGCUGGCCGACAGCUUCGUGCCCGCCGCCGGCCGCCACGCCGUGCUGCGCCUGCGCUACGACGACGACGCCGACGCGUGGGACCUGCCGCCCCACAGCGGCGCCGAACCCCUCACAGUGCGGCCCGUAGCCCUGGCGGGCAGCCGGCGGCCCGUGUGCGGCGGGCUGGCGGCCCGGCGGCGGCCCGACAACCUGCUGGAGCUGCGCCCGCUGCCGCUGCCCUCCACCGUGCGGCACUACCCCCCGCCCUCGCACCCCACACACCCCCCCACAGCACACACACCACACACCCCCACAGCACACACCCCGCACGCGAGGUCGCUGUCUGCCGCCAAGGUCAUUAAAUCAGUGGAAGCCCCAAUGAAGAAGGAUAUACCAGAAAGCCGUCGUGUGAGCGCCAAGCCCCGCCCCCCCUCCGCCCUGCACCGCCUCGGUACCGCCGGUGUGCGGUAGACAUACACACAUACACACAAAAAUGGGGGGAGAUUACUGUAGGAAAUGGGGGGAUUGACACACAACACUAAUAAAGAAGGAAUACGUUGAUAGCUUAUGUGAAAUAGGGGGGGGGGGGGGGUUCAAAUAAUAACUUCGCAGAGUAUAAGAGGAUUGUAAAACUAGCUUAUUUGAAAUGGAGGGAAGGGGGCAACCAUUUCACUCCAUAAAUGUAGAUUAACUUAGGAGGUAGAUAAACUAAAAUGUGGGAGUAAUAAACAUUUAUUUGUCGUGUAAUGGGCAAGUAGGAGGUGUUUAAAGACACAUUUGGUCAUAUAAUUAAGCCUCUAUUUUGUUCCCAUGUAAGAAAAUACAUGUUCCUAUCUAGAAUGUAGAUAGUUCAAGUAGCAAUGAUUUUAGUUUACUACAAAAUGGUUCGACUAUAAAUAAUCUUUUCCCCUCUUACGAAGCUAUACAAUCUCUAAAUAUGAUGCAAAAUUAUUUAAUAUACAUGUAAUAUGUACAUACAUAUACUAUAUGAAAUAAUAAUAUUUGAGCUGGUCUCAGUACUGUACAAAUAAAAUAAUGUUGUGUGUCGAUUCCAUCUAUCGUGUACUAUAUCGAUAAAUAACCAUUCCGAUUUUUUAACUUAUAACCUCAAAACACAGUUUUUGAAACGUCAUCAAUGUCAAAUUGCUAAAACAAUGUCCCAUGCCCCAAUUAAUUGGGACAUUACGAUAUCGGAAUGGUGAUCGUCAUCCGUCAGUCUUGCCUCCAUAGUUGUAAAGCGAAUGUAUGUUAAGGGCUCUCUUCACGAUGGGCAGCGUUGGCCCAACAAAUGAUCGUCAAUGCUUGCUGCCAUUACGAUGAUUAAAAAAACAUCUACAAUAACGGCCGAUCAUAGACAUUUACACGUAAUUGUCUCUACUCGCCCAACACUUCCAAUUGUGAAGAGGGCCCAUUAAAAUGUUCGGUAUUAUGUUAAGGCAGUCGCAACUCGAUAUUUUUAUACGAAGAUGUAACGGACUGCUUGCUUCGACAUCACCGCGACGUCAGUGUAUAUGGGCCUUAACGCUCGCUCACAUACUGCCUCAUUUACAUUAAGUGUUAAACGUGCGUUCACAUGCGACAAUCGUUCAUAUUACACUUUUUAAAAAUAAAAAAAUAAACAAAAAUAACUCAACGUCAUCUAAUUAAUUGUAUUUUGUCACGUGUGAACGCACUGUGUCGAAAUUAAUGUAAAUACGUAUACAAAUAGGAAGGAUAUAAUAUAAUAAUGUAAGAUCGUCACAAAUUCCAAAACGACGCAACGUUGUGUGACGGUUUCGAUCUCAGUCCAACUAAUUCCCAGUAUUUACGUUACAAAGGUUGAUUAUUUAAUAUCUAUUUUAUGGUAUAGACAGAUUUCUCUUUAUUUUGAAUCAGGUGUUUGGCUCUCAUUCGGUGUAAAUUAUGUUUCAUAGUACGCUUAUUGUAUUGAUAAAAUAACGCUCAAAAACGAUGCGCGAAACAAAACUAUGAAUUAUGUCGCUUCGUUAUAUUAUUAUGUACCCGAUGUGCGACUUGAACCUGAUCGUCUUUUGUGUUAUUUAUUUCAUCAUGUUUUAACCGAAUUUUGAUUCUUAUUUAGGUUUGUUUUGUACGAUAUUUUACCGUUGUUGUUUUUAGUAAAUUUUAUUUAUUGCUUUGAACGGAUGGUUCGAGGCGAGUGAUAUUAGUUUAUUGUAGUUGUAGUCGCGAUUUUAAUGUAAACGAAUACGAAAUUUUUAAUCUCUCUGCAAUUAUACGUCACAUGACAAUUUGAAAAUUGGAAAUGUUGGAAGAUUGUUGCGACCUUUUGCGCGUUGUUACCGAUAAAUUUAUCAUUUUUAUAUUAAUAAAAUAAUGUGUAACGAUAUUUUCAACAUUUUCAAUGAUAGAUAGAUAGAAUGCAAUGUAAAAAUAAAUUUGAAAAUUGUGAUAAGAUAUGUUCAAAUGCAUUACCAAAGAUGGAAAGCGUCCAUUCCACAAUCGAUAGAUGUCCGUAUCGAUAAACAGUGAUGUUCCUGUAAAUUAUUAUUGUCGAUGUUUUGUUAACGUUUCCAUACGGUUUCUAGUCAAUGAUUCUUGUAUACAAAGUAAAUGUAAAUAAUAUAAUAGGUAUUGAAAAAGUAUAGACUUAGAGUAGGUAGUGGCUUACGUUCGCACAAUACUUUUUGAAUACCAAAAAGCUGCUCAUGUUUUGUGUAAUUUUAGUACUUUUAAAUUUUGAAGUAUAAUUUUAAAUGUUAUUCAAAUUGAGUAGGCGAUGUAACUCAUGGCUCAUUUACGUUAGCUACUCUUAGUAUUUGGAUUCUCAUGUUAACUGUACGCUUCGUCCUAUAAUUAAAUGAUAAAAUAAUAGGCGGUGUUUAUUGUUGUAUUCAACAUUGUAUUAACGCCAUGCUUUCUACUGAAUACCUAUCACUUACCCUCCAGUUUGACCGAAUUUUGUCGGAAAUGUGUGGCCUAAUGUAAAUGAGUCUUUAUUUAUUUGUAUUUAUAUAUUGGUUUGUAUAAAAUCUGUUGAGAGUGAUCAUGUGAUAUGAAUUUGGAAACCGCUAGUCAGAUGUGCCGCGUACACGCUUAUACUCACUAAUAAAAUAUUUUUAAUUCUA